CAAAAAAUCAGUUGCGAAUUUAGGGUUCUCGAUCAAAAUCAGCAGCUGUAUAUUAUCUCGCAUACUGCAAUCGAAUUGAGCUUUGAGUAAAUAAGCUGUUAAACCCUCGAGAUUAGAAGCUAAAAUUCACUGCAAAUCAAUGACCGCCGCCGCCGCCGGAAACAACGGCACAGCCGUAAGCAAAUCUCUGAAAUCGUCGAAGCAGAAGGAGCUGCAGGGGCUGCUAUUAGACCGGUACGACGUCGGAAAGGUCAUCGGCCACGGGACCUUCGCGAAGGUGUACCACGCGAGGAACGUGAAGACAAGUGAGGGCGUGGCGAUAAAGGUCACCGACAAGGAGAAGAUCUUGAAAGUCGGUCUAAUGGCGCAAAUCAAGCGCGAGAUCUCGAUCCUGCGGCGCGUCCGCCACCCAAACAUCGUGCAAUUGUUCAAGGUGAUGGCGACCAAGUCAAAGAUCUUCUUCGUGAUGGAGUUCGUCAAGGGCGGCGAGCUCUUCAGCAAGGUGGCCAAGGGCCGCCUCAAGGAGGAGGUGGCGCGGAAGUACUUCCAGCAGCUGAUCUCCGCGGUGGCGUUCUACCACGCCCGCGGCGUCUACCACCGCGAUUUGAAGCCGGAGAACAUCCUCCUCGAUGAGGACGACAACCUCAAGGUCUCCGACUUCGGAUUGAGCGCGAUUCCUGAGCAGGUGGUGGUGGUGGUGGUGGUUGGAGGAGGAAUGGAGGUGGUGGUGGUGGUGGUCGGAGGAGGAAUGGAGGUGGUGGUGGGACCCACUACAAAAUAAAAGAAAAAAAUAAAAAAAAUUCAAGGAAACGGUGUUAGACGUCCGUUUUCUUCGUGGGUUAAGUUGCAUAUUUUUUAUGUACUAUAGGGGAGGUAUUUGCACCAAAGUCGAGUGUGGGGGGCUAAACGCUCUAGGGGGGUCUACUUUAGGGACUAAUCUGCACCUUUACCCAUUUUUAUAUUAUUAUAUAAUAAAUUUGCAAUAAUUAUUCACUCUAAUUAAUUCAUGUAUAUUGAGAGAACUUACAAUACUUAUCCUCAAAAACCAAACUAUGAAGGAAAGAGUGACUAAGGUAUUCUACCUAAUUAAAAACGGUGAAUAAAACAUGGUAAAGUCCCCAAUCAAAUCCAAUAUUAAAGACAAGCUAAUUUAGAUACAUGCAAAUUAAAUUCUAGAAGAUGAGAAACAUCAUAUAUAUAGAGAGACACAAGUCAACAACCAUAGAUACACAUCAUAAUUCUCAACAAUACUACAAAGCCAUAAGUUUUAAAAAAUGGAACAAAGAAAAAGGGAGAGACGACGAAGCAGAAGUAUUAGUUGAAGGAAAGUGAAGAUUAGGCGCCCUCAACACGGCGUAUAAAAAUGGAUUCGAGGUCAGGAGGGCAGAAAAAGUCGGUAGCUCGAGCGCAGUGGAAAGUGGCGGCCGACGCCUUCCGCUUCUUGGGUGCCGGCGGGCACGGCAGUAUUCUCGGAAUUCUUGAUUUAGCGCUAGUCGGAGUAGUUGAAGUUGUUGAACUGUACCCAUCUUCUUCACCAUCACAGCUUCUCUCCAUUGGUUUAGUUAGAAUCGGCUUCAUUGGACAAGAUUUUCAGAAACAUGCAUCAAUUGUU